ACACUCAUAAUACACCUCAUACACACUGAGGGUCUUUAAACAGCUCCGUGUUCCUCUGCUGUCUCUCUCUAACACGCACUGUAACAAACGCACACAUACGCACGCACGCACACGCACGCACACGCCGUGCAGCAGCAGCAGCAGCAGCAGCAGAGAGCGGUCUGUCUGUCUGCGGUAUUUCAGAUUCGGGUACAUCAGGCAGAACGGAGCCUGAACCGGGACUAGAACCGAGCCGCUGUGACCCGGGACAACCAGCCAGGUGAGUCCGGUACCGGUCCGGUUCUGUUGCUGCUGGAGGAGGAAACGGGACCGGAACCACAGCGGAUCGAUGGUCUGAGGUGGAUCACGAUGAUGAUGAACUCUGAGAAGAUGAAGAAGAAACCUCCAAAGGACAGUUUGACUCUGCUGCCAUGUUUCUACUUUGUGGAGCUGCCCAUCGUGGCUUCCUCUAUGGUGUCUCUGUACUUUCUGGAGCUGACCGACGUGGUGCAGCCGGCGCAGGUCGGGUUCCGCUGCCGCGACCGAGAGCUCAGCAUGCCGUACGUAGACGGGGGAGACGAACUGAUCCCACUGCUGAUGCUGCUGAGCCUCGCCUUCGCCGGACCGGCGGCCUCGAUCAUGCUGGUUGAGGGUCUCAUCUACUGCCUGCAGUCCAGAAUGAAGCUCCGCAGACCUGAAGGAAGCAUCAACGCCGGAGGCUGCAACUUCAACUCCUUCCUGAGGAGGACGGUGCGCUUCGUAGGUGUGCACGUGUUCGGUCUGUGUGCGACGGCGCUGGUCACUGACAUCAUCCAGCUGUCGACGGGUUACCACGCUCCGUUCUUCCUCACCGUCUGUAAACCCAACUACACGCUGGUGGGCGUCUCCUGUGACCGGAACGCUUACAUCACUAAAGACAUCUGCUCGGGUCACGACCAGCACGCCAUCAUGGCCGCCAGGAAGACGUUCCCUUCCCAGCAUGCAACUCUGUCUGCCUUCGCCGCCGUUUACGUUUCUAUGUAUUUUAACUCGACCAUCUCCGACAGCACCAAACUGCUGAAACCCGUCUUGGUUUUCGCUUUCGCCAUCGCGGCGGCGUUGACGGGUCUGACUCAGAUCACUCAGCAUCGCAGCCAUCCCAUCGACGUGUACGUGGGCUUCCUCAUCGGAGCCUUCGUCGCCGCUUACCUGGCGUUUCACGCCGUGGCCAACUUCAAGUCGUCGGACGACAUCACUCCAGCCCCGCCUCCCCCGCCGCCGAAGGAGGACCCUCUGCGAGCGCUGACCGAGCGAGGACACGAGUCCGUCUACAACAAGGGCCCCACCUCCGCCUCAGAGAGUAACGACGAGAUUGCGGCGGCGCCGGCCCCCAUGGACCGGCUGGAGGGCCUGGGGCCCUUGCAGAGGGAGAAGACCUCCAUGGGGAGCCUGAAGAGGGCCAGCGUGGACGUGGAGCUGCUGGCUCCUCGCAGCCCCAUGGGGAAGGAGACCAUGCUGACCUUCAGUAACACGCUGCCGAGGGCCAGCAUGAACGUCAACGGGGUGCUGGGGGCCAACCCGGGACCGGAGGAUCUGGUGCAGCCGGUGCAGCCGGUCCAGCCGGUGCAGCGGCGUCUGAAGGCCGUGCAGGUCCCCAUGGACCCGAUGCGUUCGCAGCAGUUGGUGUCGGAGUGGAAGCAGAAGUCGAUGGAGAUGAGAGGUCUGAGUGUCCGGGACGAGGCGGAGCGCGAGGCCAGCGAGGACGGCUCCGAGGUGGGAUCCGUGGGGACAGACGAGAGCGGGUCUCAGGUACCCGUAUACCAGCCCGCAGUGCAGUCUGGGAGGGUGGCCUCUAGUCGUAACCCCACUCCGCCUCCAGGGGGCGCCAAAGCUGUGGCGACUCCCAGACCGCCACAGAUCCCUGAAGCAGGACCCCCGCCGGUGUCCCCAAAGAGCGCCGUGACCCGGGCCAAGUGGCUCGCCAUCCGAGAGAAGACGAGCGGGGAGGGGUCGGGCCGCGGCACCACCAACCAGCCACGACUCAUGCAGGUCAUCGCCAUGUCGAAGCAGCAGGGCCUCCUCCCCUCCUCCUCCUCGGGGGACAAGUCCUCCGAGACCACCUCCACCUGUUCCGGCACCUCGUCCACCACCGACUCUCCGCACUACCGCCCCCCCUCCGAGCAGCAGCGGGAGGGGUCGGGUAUAAUCACCGUGGAUGCCCACGCCCCUCACCAUCCCGUCGUCCAAGCCCCUCCCCCUCUUCAAGCCCCGCCCCUCGCAGGUAACGGUAACCCGUGGGAGUGGGCGGGGGCAUCCAACGGGGGCGACCCGCGAGACACCUACGACCUGAACAGCCUGAACCGGGGAGACUCCGCCGCCCACGGCAGCAGCUUCCGGCCACACCGAUCCGCCUCGCCGCGUGCUACGGUCGACCGCGACCCGGACCCGCCCCCGCAUCACCCCCAGGCGGAGAUGUCGGCGGAGGCUCAGCGCAGGGAGAUAGCCAUGAGACGCAAGACGGCGCUGGUUCUGUUGGAUCGGGAGAUCCGUAACCAGACUGAACAGGAGAACUACUAUAAGAGUUUGCAGGGACGAAGGUUCAAGGACUAGUCUCUCAUCCUUUCAAAACAAAAGCCUUAUUUUGAAACUGGUCAUUAACAGCACAGACCGGGACGGCGGCGAGGACCGUGGUGCCGGUCGGUCCGGCUCGACGCUCGGUGGCUCAACACGCCGGAUGGUUCUCUCUCCACAGAACGUUAUCUGGUUCAGACGCCGUCGGUCCGGUUCACCGAUCACUUUAUUACCUUCAUCUGUGGCGGCGAGUCGACCGACGGCGGCGUUGACCCACCGAGCGGGAAGCUGGAGCGUUACCAUGGCAACUCAUUCUGUGGAUAAUCUGGAACCACAGAGACGACUUUAAAGACUCAUUCUGAAGCACAAACAUGCAACAAACCUGAAAAACCUGCAUCGGCGAGAUCCUCCUGAUCUGCCGAGAUCCUCCUGAUCCGCCGCCGCCCGACAUCACAAGCCCCGCCUCCUCCGAGGGGGCGUGGCCCGUGGCUGUGAUUGGCUGGCGGGAUGCGGACAAUAAACAGACACUGAUUGUAUAUUAGGCCACCUGGACGAGUGCGCUGCCUUCCUGUCGUGAUGGUUCGGUUGCUAUAGUGAUUCUCAGCAUGCUUGUUUGUUUGCUGCUCUCUGAUUGGUCGAGAGUGUUUGUGUGUGUGUGAAUGUGAAGGUGUGUAUUUAUUAUGGACGGACCAAUGUGAUAUUAAAUAUUUAUAGAGAUGCUAAUAUUCAGAAUGUAAAGAUACACUCACCGGUUUCAUUACGGCGCCACACCACAUUUAAAUACAUCAUAUAAUAUUAUUAGAUAUUAUAUAUAAAUAUUAUAUAUAAAUAUUCAUUACAUUUACAUGAAUUUAUUUAACAAUUAGUUUAAAAAAGUAGUAACAAGUAUUUUUUCUAUUAAGUGAAUGAUGAAUAUUAUUAUUAGGCCACUGCAGGAAUAAACGUUUUAAACUUUUUAAAAGUCAUAUUUUGAAAACAAAAGUUGUAAUUUCAUUCUGUCAUAGUGAAUUAUUAUUAUUAUUAUUACUAUUACUAUUAUUAUCAUUAUUAUUAUCAUUAUUAUUAUUAUUAUUAUUAUUAUCAUUAUUAUUAUUAUCAUUAUUAUC